GUCACACUCUCAGUCACACUCUCACUGGAUUCCUCCAGAACAGAACUGAAUAAGCACUCCAACUGUAGGAAACUAUGGCAAGCGGUAAAGUGUGUUUCAUGGCAACUCUGUGCUCCCUGGUCAUCCUGUCAACCUUUAUCGGCAGCACACAGUCAGCGAGCUGCUGCCUGAGUUACACCAGUCGUCGAUUGCCAUGCCAACGGCUGCUCGACUACACCGUCCAGACCAUUAACACGUCCUGUGACAUCAACGCUAUUAUAUUCCACCUCCCAGGAAGGUUUGUGUGUGCAGACCCUUCAAGCAUCCGCACUCAGAGACAGAUGAAAUGUGUGGAUGAAAGGAGGAAGAAGAAAGGAGGAAGAAUAUCCGUGAGAUCAUAGCAAACCGAACCUGAGGCCAUGACACAUGAGCUGUAUACGAAAGUUACUGUAUGAAGGAUAUAACUAAUAUUUAAAAGCCUUCGUACACCGAAGUACCCUGAUAGGGAUUAUCAUGUCAUUUUGUUAAAUUAUUAUAUUACAUCUUAUUAUAUAAGAUUGUGUGUUUUAUAAACAGGUAGUAACUGAUCAUCAUUGGAGAAGUAUAUUUUUGUAAAGACAUUUUAGUAAAAAGGAAUUGAGAGUAAAAGUUUGAAUUGUAAUUUAUAUUGUCAAAGGAUUAAUAAAAACAGAGA